GUGCAACAUUAAGGACUCAAGCUGCCGUUGUUAAAAGCCAAAGAAGAAGAAGACGAGGGCAGUCCUUUAAUUUGGUUCAGGCAUAUUCUACGACGCAUUGUUUGGGGUCCUCACUAGUGGCUCGGCGGCAGUCGAUGCAGAAGUAAAAUUUAAAAUAGAAAUAUUCUGUGAAAGCAAGUCGUUAAGGAAAUUUGGAUCCUCAGUUGUCCAGUAAUGAAUCUAGAACUGCUCGUUCUUUCUUAUGAAUAACUGGCUCAGACUUUGGAUAUAACUUCAAGAUUUCUCUCACUUUACUCAUGGAUAAUUUCCUGCUUCUUACUGAAUCGUUCGGGCAGAACUAUCCAGAGGAGGCAGAUGGCACUCUGGACUGUAUCAGUAUGGCCCUCACCUGCACCUUCAACCGCUGGGGCACCCUGCUGGCCGUGGGCUGCAACGACGGCCGCAUCGUCAUCUGGGACUUCCUCACGCGGGGUAUCGCCAAAAUCAUCAGUGCACACAUCCACCCAGUCUGCUCUUUAUGCUGGAGCCGAGACGGCCACAAGCUGGUGAGUGCCUCCACAGACAACAUUGUCUCGCAGUGGGACGUCCUGACUGGAGACUGUGACCAGAGGUUCCGCUUCCCCUCACCCAUCCUGAAACUGCAAUGCCACCCCAGAGACAUGGACAAGGUGCUGGUGUGUCCCAUGAAGUCAGCCCCGGUCCUGCUGACUCUGUCAGACUCCAAACAUGUUGUCCUGCCUGUGGACGACGACUCAGACCUGAAUGUUGUGGCGGCCUUUGACAGGCGGGGGGAGUACAUCUACACUGGCAAUGCCAAAGGAAAGAUUCUGGUGUUGAACACAAACACUCAGGAGCUGGUGGCUUCCUUCAGAGUGACAACUGGCACCAGCAACACCACUGCCAUCAAAUCAAUUGAAUUUGCACGCAAGGGCAGUUGCUUUCUCAUAAACACGGCAGACCGCAUCAUUAGGGUUUACGACGGCAGGGAGAUACUGACCUGUGGCCGAGAUGGUGAACCUGAACCCAUGCAGAAACUACAGGACCUGGUGAACAGGACUCCGUGGAAGCGCUGCUGUUUCUCCGGCGAUGGCGAGUACAUUGUGGCCGGUUCAGCCAGGCAGCACGCCCUCUACAUCUGGGAGAAGAGCAUCGGCAACCUGGUGAAGAUCCUUCAUGGAACCAGAGGAGAGCUGCUGCUGGAUGUCGCUUGGCAUCCAGUCCGUCCGAUUAUCGCCUCCAUCUCCAGCGGAGUGGUGUCCAUCUGGGCUCAGAACCAAGUGGAAAACUGGAGCGCUUUCGCUCCAGACUUUAAAGAGCUGGACGAGAAUGUGGAGUACGAGGAGCGAGAGUCCGAAUUCGACAUUGAGGACGAAGAUAAGAGCGAACCCGAGCAGACAGGUGCAGACGCUGCAGAGGAUGAAGAGGUGGAUGUCACCACUGUUGACCCCAUAGUUGCUUUUUGCAGCAGUGAUGAGGAGCUGGAGGACUAUAAGGCCCUGCUUUACCUGCCAAUCGCCCCUGAGGUCGAAGAUCCAGAGGAAAACCCCUUCGGCCCCCCGCCAGACGCUGCGGUCCAGACUGCCGCCCCAGAGGACGCGUUGGUUGGCGGCGACAAGAAGCAGCGGCAGCCUUCAUCUGAAGGAGGCCCGGCCAAGAAGAAGGCUCGCACCACCACCAUCGAACUGCAGGGGGUCCCUAGUGACGAGGUGCACCCUUUACUAGGAGUGAAGGGGGAUGGCAAGUCCAAGAAGAAGACAGCUGGCCGGCCCAAAGGCUCCAAAGGUAAAGACAAAGACUUCCCCUUCAGACCCAAGCCCUACAGGGGCGAACGGCCCUCCUUCCCCAUGGAGGCCCUGGGCAGCUCUGGCCCUGGAGGAGGAGGAGGAGGAGGAGGAGGAGGAGGAGGAGGAGGAGGAGGAGGGAUGAAGGGCAGGGCAGAGGGGGGCCUGGCCACAGGGAGUCUGGUCUCGCAGUCGUACAAACAACAUGACAUUGGAGGGAUGGACUGAUCAUUGCUGUGAACAGUUGUAAAGGAGCCACCAACAGGUUUAAACAAAGAGACACAAAGUGUGAUGUCCUAUACAGACUGUGAGCAGCAGCCUGUUUGAUGUGCAGAUUGUUUCCUCUUCCAACCAGAGCAUAGCGUCACAGGAAAACUCCUCAGCCCAGAUCUCUGGACAGGAGCAGACAAAAGAGAGCACCAAGCAGCCGUCACAGUAGAGAUCACAUGUCCUCUGUCUCUGUAGGAUUCGUCAUGUAUAAAACACCUGUGUCCUGAUAGUGUGUGUGUGUGUGUGUGUGUGUGUGUGU